AGAAGCCGGCCGGCUCUCAGACAGCACACUCACAACAGAAGGCACACACACUCGCACACAUACGCGCUCGCGCGAGAGCACGCGCGGUACAGUGGAGUCUUACUGCCAUCCCUUAAGUCUUGGGCCUCGGAAUCCAUCUACUUCUGCCCUUUAGGGCCCAGGGACGCAGGCAAGCCAAGUCUAGCAGGCAACAUUCUCUGCCUCUUGGCUCCUCUCAUUUCUUUGCCCGUGCUCAGCCUCCAGUGGGUUCUUGGCCUUGGAAGGAGGAACGGCUCAUCGAGCUUACUCUGCAACGAGGGCUUGGAACAGAGUGCAGGAAAGCUGAAAAGGGUCAGCUAGGGACGAAGAGAGGACAGUCGGCAGGUGACACUCCUGCCUUAGCCACUCGCUACAAAUAUUCAAAUCAUCUGCGCGAGUGGGUCACCCAAGGGGGAUAAAUAAGCAAGAUGCAUGCUAAUGAUGACGAAAGAGAGGCCGGCUUCGAAGACGAAGAGGAGAUGCAGACGACAGAACGUGAGCUCGCGGACGACGCGCAAUGGAAGAUAAUUCAGAAGAACACCUUCACGCGCUGGGCCAACGAACAUCUGAAGACCGUCAACAAAAAUAUCUCCGACUUGGAAGGUGAUUUUUGCGACGGCUUGCGACUUAUUGCGCUGGUCGAAGUGCUGUCGGGCAAAAAGUUCAAACAUGUCAACAAGCGCCCGAACUUCCGCACGCAGAAGCUGGAAAAUGUUACCUUGGUGCUCAAGUUUUUGGAGGAGGACGAGGGCAUUCGGAUUGUCAACAUCGACAGCUCCGACAUCGUAGAUAAGAAGCUCAAAUUGAUCCUUGGUUUGAUAUGGACCCUCAUUCUUCACUAUUCCAUCUCCAUGCCUAUGUGGGAAGGGGAGGAACCCACCCCUUCAGAGGGCGGUCCCACCCCCAAGCAGCGUCUGCUCAACUGGAUCAACAGCAAAGUACCUGACCUGCCCAUCAAGAACUUCACCACUGACUGGAAUGAUGGCCGCGCUAUUGGUGCCCUGGUUGAUGCCUGCGGACCAGGUCUCUGCCCUGACUGGGAAGAUUGGGAUCCCAAGAAGGCCAAGAACAAUGCUAAAGAGGCCAUGGAUGCUGCUGAGAAAUGGCUGGAUGUUCCUCAGCUUAUCAAGCCAGAGGAGAUGACCAGCCCCAAUGUGGAUGAUCUCUCCAUGAUGACAUACCUCUCGCAGUUCCCUAAUGCCAGGCUCAAGCCUGGUGCACCUGUUCGUCCCCGUGUCAAUCCUGCUCGUGUGCGUGCCUAUGGUCCUGGACUUGAGCCCACUGGCAACCAAGUUGGAGCACCAGCUCGCUUCACAGUCGAGACAUUCUCAGCUGGAAAGGGUGCCCUGGAGGUCGCUGUCCUAAACCCCAAAGGUGUCAAAGAACCUUGUGAAAUGAUCUUCAACAGUGAUAGGAACAUGACCUACUCCUGUGUUUAUGUACCAAGCAUGGAGGGAGAAUAUCGGGUGAUCAUCAAGUUUGCUGUGAAGGAGAUUCCCAAAAGCCCAUUCAAAGUCGUUGUGGAGGGUGCUGCAGGUGAUGCUACCAAAGUUACUGCCAAAGGUCCUGGUAUUGAGAAGACUGGUGUUGUGGCCACUAAGAAGACCUAUUUUGAGGUGUACACCAAAGGUGCUGGGAAGGGCAAUGUUGAUGUGGUAAUUUUGGAUCCACAUGGCCGCAAAGACACUGUCCGACCUAGCAUUCAGCCAGUUGCUGGCAAGGAAGGAACAUUCUUGGUUGAGUAUAUUGCCAUCGAGCAAGGCCUUCACUCUGUCAACAUCUUCUUUGCUGGUUCACAAAUUCCCAACAGUCCUUUCGGGGUCCAGGUUGCACCUCCAAAGACAUCUAAUGCCAAAGCUUGCUAUGCAACUGGACGUGGCAUACAGCCUCGUGGCAUUCGUGUCAAGGACAACGCAGACUUUUAUGUUCACACUAAAGGAGCUGGUGAGGGCGAAGUAUCCGUCAACAUCAUCGGCCCAGGAGGCUCAGAGGAGAAGUGCAAGAUACGGAAGUUGCCAGAUCAGCCUGAUGUGUGGGAGUGUAUCUAUGUGCCUUCAAAGCCUGGCAACUAUAUCAUCAAUGUCACCUUUGGUGAGCAGCACAUUUCCAAGAGCCCCUUCAAGGUUGAGGUUGGCCCAGUUUGGUCCAGCAAGAUCGUGGCCUUUGGCCCUGGUCUUGAGGGCGGCGUUGUGAACCAGCCAGCUAUCUUCACUGUGGAGACCAAUGGGGAAGUGGGUGCCCUCGGCUUCUCCAUUGAGGGCCCCUCUCAGGCCAAGAUUGACUGCAAGGACAAUGGUGAUGGUUCUGCUGAUGUGACCUACUGGCCAACUGUGCCUGGUGAAUAUGCUGUGCAUAUCCUGUGCAAUGACCAGGACAUUCCAAAAUCUCCCUACAUGGCAAACGUCGUACCUGCUUCGGACUUCAAUGCAUCACGGGUGAUUGCUAAAGGGCCAGGUCUUGAGAAAACAGGUGUAGUGGCAAACAAAUGGGCAGAAUUUACUGUUGACACACGCGCAGCUGGCAAGGCCACCCUGAACAUUACUUGCUUCGAUGUGGAAUACAAAGCAGUGGAAGUUCAAGUGAAAGACAACCGUGAUGGGACCUACUCCUGCAAAUACAUGCCCACUCGCAAUGUUAAGCAUACAGUGUCCAUCACUUAUGGCUCUGUGGCAAUACCCAACAGUCCUUUCAGGGUGUAUGUUUCUGAACCAACAAACCCAGCAAAGGUGAAAGUGUAUGGUCCAGGAAUAGGUAAGGAUGUCAAGACAUUCGCCAAGACCUACUUUGUGGUUGACUGCAAACAGGCAGGACCUGGUGAUGUUGCCGUGGGACUGACUGAUGAGCGUGGUAUGGAUGUGCCAGUAAACACCAUCGAUAAUCAGGAUGGAACUUUCACUGUAGAGUAUGAGGCAAAGUCACCAGGAAUAUACACUGUUAUUGUCCUCUUCGCUGAUAAGGAGAUUCCUCAGAGUCCCAUCAAAGUCAAGAUUGAGGCAAGCAUUGAUGUCAGUGGCAUCAAAGUGGAGGGCCUUGAGCCAAAAAUUCGUGUCGGCACGCAACGGCAGGCCACUAUCAAAGUACCUCCCAAGCUGCCAAAAGCGGCAACACAAAUGACCAUCACUACACCUAGUGGUCAGGUAGUGGAUGUGCCUGUGAAGGAUCUGCCAGACAAAAAAGUGGCACCCUUCGUUCUGCAGGAACCAGGCCCUCACAAAAUUGAUAUCACCUAUGGAGGUCUUCCUGUCAAAGACUCUCCUUUUAAAGUUGAUGCUAUCCCUGAUGUUGGUGUGCCCAAGGUGAAAGCAUAUGGCCCAGGACUGACAAGUGGGGAGGCUACUGUGCCUGCACAGUUCACUGUUGAUUCCCGUGAGGAGACAGUGCCUGGCAAACUUGGUGUGACCAUCCAGGGCCCCAAGGAGCCAAAAGUAGACAUAGCUGACAAAGGAGAUGGCACUUGUGGUGUCACUUACUUGCCCCAAGUUCCUGGUGACUACAAGAUCAAUGUUACCCAUGCUGACAGACCCAUUCCUGGAUCGCCAUUUACUGCCAAGAUAAAGCCUGAAUCACCACCUAAGGUUAAGGCCUCUGGCCCAGGUCUCACAACUGGGGAGGCCAAUUCCCCAGCCAAGUUCACCAUUGAUGCCCGUGAGGAGACCAGGCCUGGUGACCUAGGUGUGACAGUCCAAGGCCCCAAGGAACCAAAGAUAGAUAUUGUAAACAAUGGAGAUGGCACCUGUGGUGUUUCAUAUCUGCCAGUUGUCCCUGGAGACUACAAGGUGAAUGUUACACAUGCCAAUCGACCAAUCCCUGGCUCGCCAUUCACCGCCAAGAUCAAACCAGAGAGUGCUGUUCCUAAAGUUAAGGCAUAUGGGCCUGGGCUGACUGGUGGAGAGGCCAACAAACCUGCCGAAUUCACCAUCGACACACGUGAGGAGACACGACCUGGAAAUUUGGGAGUCACUGUGGAAGGACCCACAGAAUCGAAGAUUGAUGUCAAGGACAAUGGAGACGGAACAUGUGGCGUUACUUACACACCCACCGUUCCUGGUGACUACAAAGUCAACAUUACACAUGCCAACAAACCCAUCCCUGGCUCACCGUUCACCGCUAAGAUCAAGCCAGCAACACUUGAUGUCAGUGGGGUCAAAGCUUAUGGACCUGGGCUUUCUCCUGAGGGAGUGUUUACAGAGGCAUUAACAGAGUUCACAGUAGAUGCCAAGUCUGUCACGACAACUGGUCAGGGUCAGGUCAAGGCCAUUCUUACAACCCCUUCAGGCCGAAGAAUGGAGACAAUCGUGAAGAAUAAAAAGGAUGGAACAUACCCUGUACUCUACACCCCUAUGGAACAAGGGCCUCAGACUUUGGAUGUCACAUAUGAAGACAUCCCAAUCCCUGGCAGCCCAUUCAAAGUCAAUGCUGUUCCUGGCAAUGAUCCCAGCAGAGUCCGAGCUUAUGGACCAGGUCUUGAGGGAGGCUACACCAACCAGCGGGCAGUGUUUACUGUGGACAUGAAGGGAGCUGGCAAGGGAGGCUUGGGCCUGGGUAUUGAGGGACCUGUGGAGGCCAAGAUAAACGCUCGCGACAAUCGGGACGGCACCUGUGAAGUAGAAUACUUCCCAACCAAACCUGGCAACUACAACAUCACUGUCAACUUUGCUGAUAAACCCAUCCCAGACAGCCCAUUCAAAGUGAGGAUCCAGAAUCCUGUGGAUGCUAGCAAGGUGCAGUGCUAUGGCCCUGGUUUGGAUGCCAAAGGUGUGGUGGCAGGUGUUCCUGUCUCUUUCACUGUUGAUGCUACAGAGGCAGGAGAAGCUCCUCUGCAGGUGACCUACACUGACCAGACAGGUGCCACCCGUCCAGCUGAGGUGGUUCCUGUACAGGAAGGUAUUUUCCAGGCCACCUAUUUGGCUGUAGCAGAGGGCAAGUGCAAGAUUGAUGUCAAGUAUGGUGGCUCAGAGGUUCCUGGCAGCCCAUUCCAGACACGCGUAUUGCCAGGUGUUGAUGCAAGCAAAGUAAAGGUGACUGGACCAGGUGUGUCUGGUGCCAUCCCUGCUAGUCUGCCGGCCCAGUUCACCAUUGACACCCGUGAGGCUGGUAUUGCAGACCUAGAGUGCGUUGUUCAGCGACCUGACGGAACUUUCAUCAGACCCUACAUUCAAGACAACGCCGAUGGCACAUUCAAUGUCAUCUACACUCCAGAGGAUCUGGGCGUGUAUGACGUCAUUGUCAAGUAUGCCGGUAAAAAUGUCCCAGGUGCUCCCUUCCCGGUAAAAGCCACACCUACUGGCGAUGCCAACAAAUGCAGAAUAACAGAGGCGCCUGAGAAGAAGGUGCCCAUCAACAAGGAGACAGUCAUCACUGUAGACGCCUCACAGGCCGGCACUGGCCAGGUGACCUGCCGUAUCCGCUCGCCCAGCGGCAGCGACAUCGACAUCGACAUCAUCGAUAGAGGUGACGGCACUUUCACCAUCUCUUUCACACCCCAGUUCCCCGGCGACUACACCAUCAACAUCAAGUUCGGCGGAAAUCUCGUUCCCGAUGGAGAAUACACCAUCGAGGCCGUCACCGAGGAGGAGUAUGCGGAGUACGUGUUACAGCAGGAGGUGGGUGAGGAGGUGAUCACCCAAGAUACUGUGGACACUGUUCACGCUGCGCCAGGUCUCCUCAGGCCCGUUGACUUCUGCUUCCAAGUUGGACCCAUCUUCAACUUCGUCUCAGCUGUUGUAGUCAUGCCAUCCGGAAAGACAGCUUACCCCAAGAUCGAGGACAACCGUGACGGCACAGUCACCGUGCGCUACCAGCCCACAGAGACCGGCCUUCACGAGCUCCAUGUCAAGUACAACAACGAGCCCAUUGACGGAAGUCCCUUCGUCUUCCACGUGGAUGCGGUCAACAGUGGCUAUGUCACCGCUUAUGGUCCGGGCCUCAGUCACGGGGUCGUGCACGAGCCUGCCUACUUCACCAUCAACACCAAGGAGGCCGGAGCUGGUGGUCUCUCGCUGGCUGUGGAAGGACCCUCCAAGACAGAGAUCAAGUGCGUGGACAACCAGGAUGGCACGUGCUCUGUGUCCUACAUGCCCACAGUGCCCGGCGAGUACCUCAUCACCGUAAAGUUCGCCGAGAAGAACAUCGUGGGCUCUCCCUUCACUGCCAAAGUCACACCGGGCGAGCCACGCAAGCGUGCUCAACUGUCGGUGGGCAGCAGCAGUGAAGUGUCCCUCAAGGUGACGGAGACGGACAUCACCGACCUCACUGCGACCAUCCGCAGCCCGUCUGGACGGCAGGAACCCUGCAUCCUCAAGCGUCUGGCCAAUGGCCACCUGGGAAUCACCUUCACACCUCGCGAGACUGGCGAGCACCUAGUGGAUGUCAAGCGCAAUGGCAAACACAUCGCCAACUCGCCCUUCAAGAUCAUGGUCGGCGAGAGCGAGCUUGGCAAUGCCAGCAAGGUCAAGGUGUAUGGCAAGGGUCUUACCGAGGGAAUGGCCAAUGAAGUGAAUGAGUUCAUUGUGGACACCAGGGAGGCAGGCUAUGGCGGUAUGAGCCUGUCCAUCGAGGGGCCGAGCAAAGCCGACAUCGAGUGUCACGACAACGAGGACGGCACGUGCCGCGUGACCUACAAGCCCACAGAACCAGGCACCUACAUCAUCAACAUCAAGUUUGCCGACGAGCAUGUGCCAGGUAGCCCAUUCACCGUCAAGAUCGGCGGCGAGCCCUCGGCUAAGAUCACAGAGCGCAUCACUCGCCACAAAGCGGCCGCUGACGUCACGCACGUGGGCAGCGUGUGCGAGCUGAGCCUCAAGAUACCCGGUACAAGUCCAUUUGAUAUGACAGCCUCAGUGAAGAGCCCCUCCGGACUCUCUGAGUUGUGUGAUGUUGUCAGUCUGGAUGACAACCAUUACAGCAUCAAAUUUGUUCCCAAGGAAAUGGGCAUUCACACUGUCAGCGUCAAGCAUAAGGAUAUGCACAUCCCAGGCAGUCCAUUUGAGUUCACUGUUGGGCCCAUAACUGGUGGAGGCUCUCACAAGGUGCAUGCAGCUGGUCCUGGUCUGGAGAGGGGAGAAGUGCAGCAGCCCUGUGACUUCAACAUCUAUACCCGUGAGGCAGGAGCGGGUGGUCUGUCCAUUGCUGUGGAAGGUCCCUCGAAGGCAGAGAUUGACUUCCAGGACAGGAAAGAUGGCUCUUGUGGCGUGACAUACACCGUCUCUGAACCUGGUGAAUACUACGUUUCGAUCAAAUUCAACGAUGAACACAUCCCUGAGUCACCUUUCCGUGUUCCUAUUACACCCAGCAUUGGGGAUGCCCGCAAACUGUCAGUGACAUCUCUCCAGGACAGGGGUCUGCAGGUGGGCAAACCUGCUGCUUUCGUUGUCAACUUCAAUGGUGCUAAAGGCAAGCUGCGAGCUCAGGUGGUGUCGCCCUCUGGUUCACAGGAGGAGGCAUUGGUGCAGGAGGUAGACGAUGGCCAGUAUGCUGUGCGCUUCAUCCCACGUGAGAACGGACUGCACUACGUUCAUGUUCUGUUUGAUGGCUACCACAUACCUGACUCACCCUUCAGAAUCAUGGUUGGCAAGGUGGAUGCAGCUGAUGCUGGCAAAGUCACAGCCUAUGGUGAUGGACUUCAUACAGGCACCACUGGACAAACAUCUAAGUUUAUUGUGAAUACUGUUAAUGCUGGAGCUGGUGCACUGGCUGUUACGGUAGAGGGUCCAUCAAAGGUCAAACUAGAAUGUCGGGAAGUUGAUGAAGGAUACGAGUUCACAUACUGUCCGAAGGCUCCAGGCGACUAUCUCAUCUCUAUCAGAUAUGCUGGUGUCAACAUAGCCAGCAGCCCAUUCAAGGCUAGAGUGGAAGGUGCUGGUCAGGCAAGCAGCGUUCAGGAGCAUGCUUCUGUUGUCGUGGAAACAGUGACCAAGACAAGCACAACCACUAAGUUCAGUGGCAUACAGAAGUUCUCAUCUGAUGCCAGCAAGUGUGUCGCCAAGGGCAAUGGUCUUACGAAGGCUUUCCGUGGAAAGACAGCAACUUUCACUGUAGACACCACUGGAGCAGGUAACAACAUCCUCUACGUCGGCAUGAUGGGCCCCAAACAGCCAUGCGAAGAGCUGGUGGUGAAGUAUGCAGGCAACAACCAGUAUACCAUAAACUACACAGUCAAAACGCAAGGCAACUACAUCCUUAUUGUGCGAUGGGGUGAGGAGGACAUCCCUGGCAGUCCAUUUGCUGUGGAAGUUGUCUAAAGGCACUGUCUCUUGACUUUGGUCAUGUGAUGCAAAAUCUACCAGUCAGUUCCAUCCGCAAUAUAUCACAGUUUGUAGUCGGUGAGAGCAAGUGAAAACAGCCACUGCUACUGGAGACACUGCUAUGUUUGUUGGGACAUCAUCGAAUGAUACAUCAUUUAUACACUAUAAACUUUGAACUUUUUCAAGUUAGAUAAUGUGGCAACGACACCACAAAGUGUUUACUGUGGCGGUUUUCAAUACGAAAUAUUAUAAUAUCUGUUAAUUUUGCCUUAAACUUAUUUUAUUACGAUAUUGACAAGGAGCUUAUGCAGCAGCAAAAAAUUAAGAGUUUUUGCUCCUUUUUAUAAAGAUAAACAUCAGUAAAAUUUCGUCCAGACAUUCAAAAACAUAUGCAAGCAUAUGAUGCUGUUAUAAGUGCUCUUGUUUGUUGUUUGCUGUCAGUGUGGUAAGACUGACUAAAACAUGUUACAUGGAAGAUAAGCAGCAUAGAGAAAAAAUUUAAAAGGAAAUUGCAAAAGAAAUGUUUUAUUUAAGAAGUUUAACAUGUGAUGUUUAUGAGGUUAUUACUGGCGAUACUUUGCAUUAAUGACUUUUUAAAAUAAACCCAAGUCUUUUGGAUGCUGGGAUGUAUUUCUCUCCUUUUCCUGUGUGAUAAAGCAUACCUUGCCAUCAUACAUGUAGCAUAUAGUAUACCAGUUGUAGCAGGUGAGAAGAUCCCUCCACCCUUUUCUGCUCCCUCCCCCACUCUCCACUUCAUGAUGUCCGAGAUAUGAAGGUGCUGCUACAGAUUUCAAAAACUAUAAACAUCCAUGCAACUUAUGACUCACUCUUUUCUUCAUGAACAAGAUUUGUUUUACAAUUGUAUGAUGCGUCUUGAGUUGAUAUGCAAAUUACCUUCAGUCACAGCUCGCAAACACAGCUAGUUGAUGGGUUAACAACAUGGAGUACAUACACCUCGCGCAUACAUUUUUUGGAACUUCAUUUUCAACUCUAAAAUAACAAACCAAUCUAUAAGCAUUGAUGUUUGGAUGUUUUUGCCUUGGAAACCUGGUCUUUACUCAAGGACUUAUUCUUUCCACUUUUAAAGCAAGACAUCUGUCUAUAUUUGAGGACGUAAUAUUUUUUAACUUUAUUUUUUUGUUUGGCGUGUUCUUGGAACAGGGUUGAAAGUAUAUGUAUGUGUAUUGUAUCUUUAUUCCAUGUCAAAAUACAUUUCAGGUAACCAUAAUAUGGUUCUGUUUUGUUUCAUUUGGGAUUUUGACUGUGCUUGUUGAAAAUUCAUCAUGCUUUGAUGCUCAUGGUAUAACUGUGGUUUUGUAUUGCUCUACCAUUUCAAGGCAAGAGAACAUUUAUUUGGUAUUAGUUAUUAUUCUGCUCUUUUCGCCCACCAACCUGCUUCCCCCCUCCCCCUCCCAAUUGUUUUCAGUUGGAUAUUGGUGUGUAGAGCUUUCAUUAGGUGACAUCUUUUUGAGCCCCAUCUCCCUUCUGUACAGAUAUUAGAAUUUGAACAUGACAUUAGUAUUUCUAGCAAAGAUUACCUUUUUUUGAAAGUAUAGUUUUUGCUUGCUCAACAGUCGCUUUGUUGAGCCUGCUUUUCUUGGCCUUCUGGGCAACAUUACAAUGUUUUAAGAUGUAAUCUACAUUUUGAAAACUGCUUUUAAAAAGAUAUAGCACGAGCGUUGUAGGCUAAAAUUUAUUGCAAUAAAAUAUUGAAUUUGUA